ACACUAGCCUAGGCUGCGGUAAAUCACGUGCACAGGCGGCCCCUAUCGCGUUCUAGAGCCCGCCUCCCCUAAUGCCCGUGCUUCAGCCCUGACAUACGAAGAGACACCAGCAAUUGGGUCUGGACGUGAAAACUCCCUUAGAAGGCUAGACUUGCCGGAGUUUAUAUGAUCGCCACCUUUGCUGCGGUCUAUCACAGUUGUUGUGAGUUUCAAAGAGCGGGAAUUUGUUGCGAAGAAUCGCAUAUUGCUUCAAGCUGGACCCUACCCCUGCAAUCUUAUAGUCUGAGAGUGGCAGGCACAUUCGUUCUCCCGCAAGGAUCUUUCUAGCGCCCCAGCGGAUGUCUUUGUGUUGUGGACGACGCUCAUGCUGCGGCCUGCAUUUUCCAAGCGAUAUCCAUCAAAAUGCCAACCAUCACGUCCUCACCUGAUAAAUCAAGACAAACCUCGGCUGGAAAAUCAUUUUUUGGGAGGAAACUACACAAGGAAAGGCCGAUAGAGGAUCGAUAUGACGGGAGUGGAUCGUUUGAGAACCUGGCGCCUCCCGGGAGCUCAGCUGGCUCUCGUUCGUCCCGACAUUCGAAACGGUCGUCCGUCCAAUCUGUAGAUUACACUCAUGACAUUGACCCCUCUGGGCUAUCAAUGACCGCAGGUGUUAUCACAUCUAUACCGUUCGAAAGCCUACCCGCCGAUACCAAGACACCUAUCCCAAUCGAUUACCUCUCCAAGGCCGAUACGUCGCGGAAAGAGCAACCAUCUAAUCAUCCGUCGCCUAAUCACCUGGCCAAAGGGGCCAGUGACUUCCAUCAGUACCCUGCGUGGAAUCCUACUUCUGCUCGAGAUAACAAUACAUACUCACAUCCUACCGGCCCUCGUCCACCUCCGCAUGCCUCUAAUUUGACAAUGACUGGGAGUACCACGGGGGAUAAAGGUGCUCGGUACCAACAGUGGGGGAGACCAGGGAGCUCAGCUGCCAAUACCGGGUUAAGUUCUAACUCGUUUUCGACGGCCGACUCUUCGUCCAAUUCACGUAUAUCUUUCGAUCAGGCUAGCCUCCAUUCCUCGCUUUCUUCAAAUACCCGCAGUUCAAGUUAUCUCUCGUCCGAUAGCUCGUCACGUACGCUAACAGCCCACUCGGCUGAUCGAAGUACUUAUUUUCCAAGUGGGAACCCAAAUCGACUUUCGACUCAGUCAAAUUGGCAGCCACCACCGGUUGCCCAACCGAGGCCUCCUCCAAUAAAUCCAGAACAGUAUCUCACUCGGCCGAAGGAUGACCGCGUUGUCGACCAGCUAUUCUUGGAAUUGAUGCAGAAGCGUGGCUGGCAGAACCUCCCGGAGCAGGCAAAAAGACAGAUGCUUGCAUAUCCGGCUUCUAAGAAAUGGACACUUGUUCAUCAAGAUAGGCUGACGGAGCUGCAAGGUGAACAAAAACGCAGGCAAAAUGCACGGCAAACACAUGGUCACGAUGGCCCGACUGGUAUACUCGAACGAGCGGAUGAGGAGGGUAGCCCAGAGUGGUAUGUCAAGAAAGUCAUGGAUGACUCCAUCACCUCGAAGCAGUUGGCUAGCUUGAGUGUCAGUCUGAGGACACAACCAAUUAGCUGGGUGAAAGCUUUUGUCGAGGCACAGGGCCAAAUAGCUCUUACGAACGUUCUCUCUAAAAUCAACCGCCGCAAAGCUUCAGGCCCUGUCCCUGCCCCUCCAACCGGUGACAAAGAUUUGGAUCGUGAAUAUGACAUUGUCAAGUGUUUAAAAGCCUUAAUGAACAACAAAUAUGGUGCAGACGAUGCCCUAGCUCACCAACAGGUUAUUAUAGCUCUUGUGAGCUCGCUGCUGUCUCCUCGGCUCAACACGAGGAAGCUAGCUAGCGAGGUUCUGACUUUCCUUUGUCACUGGGCCGAAGGACAUGGCCACCAGAAGGUCCUUCAAGCCAUGGACCAUGUCAAAAAUCACCAGGGUGAAACAGGACGUUUUGAUGCAUGGAUGCGAAUAGUCGAAGUAACAAUCGACGGCCGUGGGAAGAUGGGUAGUCUAGUAGGUGCGAGCGAAGAGUACCGCAGUGGUGGGAUCGGAAUGGAGAACCUUCUCAUGGAAUAUGCGGUUUCGACUAUGCUCCUCAUCAACAUGUUGGUGGAUGCGGCGGAAAAUGACUUGCAAUUACGAUGCCACAUCCGAGCACAAUUCAUCUCCUGUGGAAUCAAACGCCUCCUGACAAAGAUGGAAGGUUUCCAGUAUGAGGUCAUCGACAAACAGAUUGAACGUUUUCGAGAGAACGAGGCUAUUGAUUACGAAGACCUUUUGCAGCGGGAGAGCAGCAGUAUGAAAGAUAGCAUCGAGGGCGAUGUGAAGGAUAUGAGUGACCCGCUGCAAAUAACCGACGCUAUUGCAACUAAAAUCCAGGGGACCCGGGCUCAUGAUUAUUUCCUCUCGGCUAUGCAACAUUUACUUCUGAUUCGCGAGAACUCUGGUGAAGAUGGUCUACGGAUGUAUCAGCUUGUAGAUGCGAUGCUCAGUUACGUUGCCAUGGACCGGAGACUCCCCGAUCUCGAUCUCCGCCAAGGAUUGACUUUUACCGUACAAAGUCUUCUGGACAGACUUCAUACAGAUGCAGAAGCGAGGCGGGUAUAUGAUGAAUCUCUUGAAGCCCGUCAAAUUGCGGAGGCCGCAAUUGCUGAACGUGAUGAGAUGAGGGCGCAGGUUGAACUAGGCGCGGAUGGCUUAGUAAAGAAACUACAGAAACAGAUUGAAGAGCAAACAGGCAUCAUAGAGCUUCAAUCAAGGCAAAACGAAAUGAUCAAAGCUGAGAUCGCCGAUCUACAAAGACUUCGGGCUCAAGAGCUCCAGCGCAAUGAGUUGGAGACCCGCGAGCUUUAUUUAAUGCUUCGAGAUGCCCAGGACAUAGCCGCAUCGAAUGCUAAAAAGAACAACAUAGCGGAGACAGAUCCUUCGCACAUGAGAGGGAUUUUAGAUCGUGAGAAACUUUUGGAGAGGUUGGAAAUGCAACUCGAGAGAACAAAGACACAAUUUAAGUUGGAGGGUAAGGUAUGGGGUCAACACGGUCCCUCGGACCGGUUACGAGAGUUACGGGAGCAAAUGGAUGGUGAGCCUGAGCCUAGCGACGACUUCCACGAACAUGCGCGUCGAGAAUUGGAUAGUAACGCCCUAGGAACCGUAUACCGGAAGAGAAGCCUUGCUCCGGGAGCAGAUGAUACCCUAGGUGAGGGCUUGGGACACACCCAAAAUGAAGAUGGUGAAAUAGUGUACGAGAAGGCACGCCUUGUGGACAUCCAGAGACCUCGAAUGAACCCUGCUCAAGCCACUGGCCUCCUCGGUGAGAUUACGGCGAAAGUUCCCAAAAUUGACGCCGAGGAGGGCGAGCCGAGUGCUGCUGUUGACCAACUUCCUCUCACUGAAUCGGAGACUCCGGCCAUUAAAGUGGACGAGGCUAAAAUUGAGAGUAAGGAUGGAAAGGUCGAUUCGGUUACUGUUGCUCCCCCUCUCCCACCACCACCUCCCCCGCCUCCCCCAGGGAUGGGAGCGGGCACCCCUCCUCCACCGCCGCCGCCUCCACCAGGCUCCGCAACAGGUGUGCCUCCUCCGCCGCCUCCGCCUCCACCCCCAGGGAUGGGCGCAGGCGUUCCCCCUCCCCCACCGCCACCUCCCCCUCCUGGUGCUGCUGGCAAAAUGCCUCCCCCUCCCCCUCCCCCUCCUGGAGCUUCGUUUGGUGCUCCUCCCCCUCCUCCCCCUCCUGGCGCUUCGUUUGGUGUCCCUCCUCCCCCACCCCCGCCUGGUGCUUCCUUUGGAGGGUGGAGAGCAAACUACAUGGCUUCUCAGGCCAUUCCCUCCAAACCAACAGCAUUUAUGCCAUCGAUCAGACCUAAGAAGAAGCUCAAAGCACUUCAUUGGGACAAGGUUGAUACUCCUCAGGUGACUGUAUGGGCAUCUCAUGCUCUGACCCCUCAGGCGAAGGAGGAGAAAUAUACUGAACUGGCCAAAAAGGGUGUGUUGGAUGAAGUUGAGCGAUUAUUUAUGGCAAAGGAGACCAAGAUAUUUGGUGGCAGUGUGGCGGCAAAGCAGCGCAAAGACAAGAAACAGAUUAUCUCCAACGAGCUGUCCAAAAAUUUGCAGAUUGCUAUGGCAAAGUUCUCGCAGUACCCUGCAGAUGACGUUGUGCGGAUGAUCAUUCACUGUGACGCGGAUAUCCUUGAUAAUCAGGUUGUCAUGGACUUCCUUCAGCGGGAUGAAUUGUGCACGAUUCCCGAGAAUAUAUCCAAACAAAUGGCGCCUUACAGUAGAGAUUGGACAGGCCCCAAUGCUGCCAGCUCUGAGCGGGAACAAGACCCAGCUGAGAUAACGCGUGAAGAUCAAAUUUACCUCUACACUGCUUUCGAGCUCAACCAUUAUUGGAAGGCAAGAAUGCGUGCUCUGGCAUUAACCCGCUCUUACGAGCCAGACUACGAGCAUAUAUCAGCUAAACUCCAGCAAGUUGCGAAAGUUAGCGAAUCAUUGAGGGAUUCCGUAGCUCUGAUGAAUGUCCUUGGCCUGAUCUUAGACAUCGGAAACUUCAUGAACGACGCCAAUAAGCAAGCCCAAGGAUUCAAGCUAAGCUCUCUUGCUCGGCUUGGUAUGGUAAAGGACGACAAAAAUGAAACGACCUUCGCAGAUCUCGUCGAGCGUAUUGUCCGCAAUCAAUAUUCGGAAUGGGAAGGGUUCGUUGAUGACAUCAGUGGUGUCGUCGCCCUUCAGAAACUUAAUGUUGAUCAAUUAAGGACAGACGCUAAGAAGUACAUCGACAAUAUUAAGAAUGUACAGGCCAGCCUAGACGCUGGUAAUCUAAGUGACCCUAAGAAAUUUCAUCCGCAAGACCGCGUCAGCCAAGUUGUUCAACGAAGUAUGAAAGACGCUAGACGCAAGGCGGAGCAAAUGCAGCUCUACCUAGAAGAAAUGGUCAAGUCGUAUGACGACAUUAUGGUCUUCUACGGUGAGGACAACACAGACGAAGGCGCUCGACGAGACUUCUUUGCCAAGCUAGCUGCCUUCUUACUUGAAUGGAAGAAAUCGAAGGAAAAGAACAUCUCGUUGGAAGAGGCUAGGAAGCGUACCGAAGCAUCGUUGGCUCGCAAACGUAACAAUGCUGCUCUUGCAAAUGGUGCUGGCUCAGGUGGAGAAACGUCGCAGUUACCUGCCACAAGCGGAGCCAUGGAUUCCCUUUUGGAGAAAUUACGGGCUGCUGCUCCUCAGGCCAGGGAUCAGCGUGACCGUCGGCGUAGAGCUAGAUUAAGGGAGCGACAUCAGAUUCGCGUUGCUUCUGGCCAAAGGAUGCCAGACCUACCUGGAGCUGAAGGCACGGAAGGUACCUCCAAUGAUGAAAAUGAUGCCUGCAAUAAUGUCACCAGUAAUGAUGACACAAAACCCACAGAGACUGGGCUUUUGAGUCCGCCCAUUCUGGGGUCGGACUCUGGUACCCUAAGCAAAGACUCCACUCAGAUCUUAGAGAGUGAAGAUGUUGCAGAUCGUGCUGCAAGCAUGUUGCAAGGCCUUAGAGACAAUGCUGAUGGGGAGCGGUCCAGAAGGAGAAGGGAAAGCGCGGAAGAAGAACGCCGAAAACGCAGAUUACGGAGACGGAAUGGGCCGAUGGGCGGGAGCAAAGAUAGCGCCGACGGCUCUGCUCUGUCACCCGCACCAGAGCCAACGACACCCUCAAGGACUGACUUGCGAGGAUUAGAAGAACCUGCUAGUACCAGCUCUCCAACCGAAGAGGAUGCCGCUUCACAACGACCGGUUACUCCCGUCAUUGUUGUGUCCCCAACAAUAGAACACCCUCGUUCUCCGGGCGCUGGUGAACCACACGCCGGGUCUCCUGGCAGUUCCUCUGAACCGUCGGAUUGAUGCCCUACCUAAUACGACCUGUCUGAUUUCCCUCUAAUUCAAUACUUGGUAGACAAAGUGAUGACUCCUCGGAACAUUUUUGUCGUGUUAAGGUUAUAAUAUCUUCUCUUCUGCUUCUUUUCUCUCUCUCUCUCUCUCUCUUUUUUUUCCCUUUUUCUUUUUUUGUUUAUACCAAUC